AUGUCUCGGCCUCGACAGAAGCUUCGUAAUGGCACCUGGAUCAUCCCCGGCACCGGCCAGCGCUCGCGCCGCCAGUUUACGCUCCGGCACCCCGACCUCGACGGCUCUAACGACGACGAAGACGCCCAACCCAGGCCCCUGAGCGAAGGCGAGUCCUUCUCCGACAAGUUUAGCAACGUCUCCCACAAUGUCAGGCUCGCCGCACGGAAUACCUGGCUGUGGGCCCAGUCGCCCAAGGGACGAGGCACCAUCAAGUGCUCGAUCGCGUACCUCAUAGCCAGCAUGGGCACUUUCUGGCAUCCCGCUGCCUCCUGGCUCGGCCAUCUCGACGGCAAACACAUCGUAGCCACUAUUUCUGUCUACUUCCACCCCGCUAGGACGGCCGGUUCCCAGAUGGAGGCUGUAGCCAUUGCUGUCGUGGCUGUUUGCUACUCUAUGCUGAUUGGCAUCUUGUCCAUGGCUACCUCGGUCUUGGUCGGCUCGGUCUGGGACCAGACCGCACUUUCCUACGUCAUAAUUCUUCUCGUCUUUAUUGGCGGCGGUCUUGGUUUUGUCGGAUGGGUCAAACAGAAGCUCAACAGCCCUUUGGUUAGUGUGGGUGCUAGCAUCGCUUCUAUCGGCAUCAUCACAAUCGUUACCAAGGAGAACUCGGUCCAUUCCGGCGUCUUCGCGAACCAGAAAAUCAUACAAUCGCUCAGAAUUCUCUUCAUGGCCACCACCAUCUCGACUUUGGUCAACUUGCUGCUCUUCCCGGUAUCAGCCAGAUACGGGCUGCGUGCCACCAUGCGCAAAGCUUCCACCUCUCUCCACGACAUGCUCACAAUGAUAUCCCAUGGCUUCAUAUAUGGCUCAGAGGAGGAGUUCAACACAAAGGCAUUCAGCGACGCUCUUGCCGCGUACAACAGCAAUCUUACACUCAUGAACAAGAACGCGAGAGAGGCCAAAUAUGAGUACUAUCUGCUCGGCCAAGAACAGAUCUACAAGCACGACAGAGCUGUAGUCAAGGCGAUGGAAUCACUCGCGCAAUCGAUUGGCGGACUGAGAAGUGCAGCUGACACACAAUUUGAGCUGCUCAAAGAGGUCGCACAAGGCUCGACGGUUAACAGCUUAGCUGUCGGCGGAGCCAUGACUCCGAGAGGAACGAGCUUCUCUCUGUCAUCUUCGCCUCAAUCUGUGGCUUACUUUGGCAGCCCGAAGUUUGGAAAUCUCUCGGCUAUUAGCGAAGCCACAGAGGAGCGGAGUGAUCGCGGAAGCGGGCUGUCGACUCCCGGCCAGACGUUCUCACCAGCCAACAUCUCCACUCCGGGUGUACAGACGUUCCGUACGCCGGCAGAUAUCUUCGAGUUGUUCAUUGCGAGAUUGGGCCCGUCCAUGAAGUCCUUGUCAUACACAAUGGCAGAGAUCCUCAAAGAACCCCCAUUCGGCGAGCCUGGCCACCCUAUAGCUGCACAAGACCAAUUCAAAGACAGUCUCGCGGACGCUAUAAGUCUUUUCAACGAGGCCAGGGCCAACGCUUUGGAGGAGCUGUACAGAACUGUCGAGUUCGGUAGACAGCGACCUGAGAAUGUGCAGGCUGACUUCGAGGAGGUCGCCGCCGCGUGUGGGCACUUUUCGUUCACUCUCGUGAGCUUCGGUGACGAAAUGCUGAGAUAUCUGGACGCUGUCGACGAUCUCAAGUUUGUUUCAAGCCAACCGAGGAGAACGUGGAAGUGGCUGAUGUUUUGGAAGAACAUCGACUUCGCAUACAAAGCAAAAACCACGCCCAACGACCCCGAAGCGGCCAAUCUCGUCGAGACGGUGAAAAAGCUGCGACAGUCCAAGCUUCCUUCUGGAAUACCAGCCUCGAUGACUAAACGCAGAGAUAAUUUUGCAUGGCAAGCCGAGUCGAAGGAGGAGAGCUUUUACGACAAAGUGGUCAGGGUGUGCUCCCAGCGGACGCUCAAAAUCUUUCGGUUCUUGAGCCGGGAUGACAUUCGCUUCGGUGUCAAAGUUGGCCUUGGUGCUACGAUCUAUGCCAUGUUUGCCUUCAUCCCGGACACUCGUCCUAUCUAUGCGCACUGGCGCGGCGAAUGGGGCUUACUUUCAUUCAUGAUUGUCUGCUCCAUGACUGUGGGUGCAUCGAACGCCACCGGAUUUGCCCGUUUCAUCGGUACACUCAUCGGGGCCAUCUUCGUCAUCAUAAACUGGUGGAUCUCCGACGGCGAGGCUGUCCUGCUGGCCUUCCUGGGCUGGCUGGUAUCCCUUGGAGCCUUCUAUAUCAUGGUCGACCGUGGCAACGGGCCUUUCGGCCGUUUUAUACUCCUGAGUUAUAACGUCUCAUCCUUAUAUGCAUACUCGCUCUCACAAAAAGUGGACGAUGACGAUGACGACGAAGGUGGCGUCAAUCCAAUUAUUACGGAAAUUGCGUACCACAGAGUCGUUGCCGUCUCAAUAGGAAUUCUUUGGGGCCUCAUUGUCUGUCGCGUGUUUUGGCCAAUGCCCGCGCGACGAAAGUUCAAAGAAGGACUGGCGGUGCUAUACCUCCAGAUGGGCCUGAUCUGGAAACGUGGACCGCUCUCGGUCCUUUUACACGAGGAGAACCACCCAAAGAGCUACAUGAAGACUGGCGAGCAAGCCGCGAUGCAGCGCUAUGCUACACAGCUCCAAACACUGCGUGUUGCUGCUAAGUCGGAGUAUGGACUACGAGGGCCGUUUCCCUUUGAGACCUACGGCCGAAUCAUGUCUUCGACACAACGGCUACUUGAUGCAUUCCACGCCAUGAGCCUUGUGUCAGAGAAGCACGGCAAAUUGAGGCCAGGUGAAAGGGCACUCCUGUAUGGAACAUCUGCAGAGCGCAUCGAGCUUUGCGCACGUAUUUGCCACGUCUUUCAAGUGCUUGCGAGCAGUAUCAUGCUUGAGUACCCACUGACAGAUGCGAUCCCUAGCGUGGUGAGUAUGAGGGAUAAGCUACUUGGCAAGAUCUUCCGCUUUCGCAAGGAGCACAAUGCGACACUGCUCAAUGCAAACCUGGGAGGUGUCGUCAAUGCAGACGAUGUCGCAGCCGAGGGCGCGUCAGCUCCGAGUGACGAUGCCAUGGCCGAUGUUCAAGCUGAGGCAGUCCCGGAGAGGGUCAAGGAGUCAACCAUGCUUGGAGCUGUGGGCAGCGUCCCCGAUGUUGGUGACGUGAAUUUGGAAGAGUCGGACUAUGCGCUCCUAUAUGCAUAUGCAUUGGUUACGAGCCAUGUCGCAAAGGAGCUGCGGGUUGUGGAGAAGGAGAUUGAGAAUCUCUUCGGCCGUCUCGAUGAUCAGACCGUCCUCUUGCAAUAG